CGUCGACCGCCUCAUCAUCAUCAUUCUUCCUCGGCUCUCCUUGGAUCGCUUUGCGGAGCGAAGACGAAGGCGCAGCGAGCAGUCGAUGGCGGCGGAUCGUAGGGUCGGGGUGGCGAUGGACUUCUCGCCGUGCUGCAAGGCGGCGCUCCGGUGGGCGGUGGAGAACGUGGUGAGGGACGGCGACCACCUCGUCGUGGUCAACGUCCAGAAGGAGGGCUGCUAUGAAGAGGGCGAGAUGCAGCUCUGGGAGACCACCGGAUCUCCAUUUAUCCCACUGAUAGAAUUCUCUGACCCUGGAAUUGCAAAGAAAUACGGGGUGAAGCCUGAUGCUGAAACUCUGGACAUUCUCAAUACUGUAGCCAGGCAAAAGGAGAUUGUUGUUCUGAUGAAGAUCUACUGGGGAGAUGCACGCGAAAAGAUAUGUGAAGCAAUUGAUACCAUUCCUCUGAGCUGUUUGAUCAUUGGGAAUAGAGGGCAUGGGGGGAUUAAGAGGCUGCUGUUGGGUAGUGUGAGUAACCAUGUGGUGAACAAUGGUACCUGCCCAGUCACAGUUGUCAAGGGUGUUGAUCAUUAAAACUAGUUCAUCUGCUUCUUCCACGAGGACCCCACGCCCUGCUGUGUUGUCGUGCUUAUAGAACUUGGCAUCACCUUCCUCUAAUAAAAAUGGUGGUGUCUGAUGAGCAUGUACUUGUAACUUACAAUGUGUAUUACUUUUUCUGUCGACCGGAUACUGUGACAAGUCUGCUGUCCAGUUUUUCGGAAAUAAUCAUCUGAGGUUUCAUGAUGCUGGAUUCUGUAAACUGGGAGCAUGUUCGAUUUUGUUAUGCAUCUUUCCACACAUGAUGAUCGUGGUCUGGAAUUGUCCAA